AAUAGCACAGCAGAUGGACCCCAGCCUGGCUCCCAACUUCACGCCCGUCCUUCGCUCGACCUCCUCCUCCUCCUCCUCUCCCUCCCCACCUCCCGCUCCCGACUCCCGCAAGUCGCCCGCCGAAUACGACCUCGCCUUCCCGCCCUACUCGCUCUCCGCAAACCGCACCCCCCACCAGUCCGCCGAUCUCGAAGAAGUGCCCCACGGCGUCUCCCGCCAGGCCCGCGACCUCGCCUCCUACGAGUUCCCCACCCACCGCCUCGCUGAAGUCCUCCAGGACUCCGCCAUGCAGCCCCUCGUCGUCGUCGCCUGCGGCUCCUUCUCCCCCAUCACAUACCUCCACCUGCGCAUGUUUGAAAUGGCCAUCGACACCAUCCGCGAGACAAACCAGUACGAAGUCGUCGGCGGCUACUACUCCCCCGUCUCCGACCACUACCGCAAGGCCGGACUGGCUCCCGCCAAGCACCGCGUGCGCAUGUGCGAACUCGCCUGCGAGCGCACUUCCUCCUGGCUCAUGGUCGACGCCUGGGAGUCUCUCCAGCCCACAUACCAGCGCACCGCCGUCGUCCUCGACCACUUCAACUACGAAAUCAACGUCCUCCGCCGCGGCGUCAAGACAAAAUCCGGCGAGCGCAGGCCCGUCAAGAUCCUCCUCCUCGCCGGCGGCGACCUCAUCGAGUCCAUGGGCGACCCCAACGUCUGGGCGGACGAGGACCUCCACCACAUCCUCGGCCGCUAUGGCUGUCUGAUCAUCGAGCGCACGGGCUCCGACGUGCGCUCGUUCCUGCUCUCCCACGACAUCAUGUACCAGCACCGGCACAACGUCAUCGUCAUCAAGCAGUUGAUCUACAACGACAUCUCGUCCACAAAAGUGCGGCUCUUCAUCCGUCGCGGCAUGUCGGUCCAGUAUCUUCUGCCAAAUUCCGUCAUCCGCUAUAUCGAAGAGCAUGGUCUGUACGUAGGCAUGAGCGAGCCGGUCUCCAAUGUCCUCAAGUUUUGAUUAGACUGUUUUUGUUUUUGUUUUUGUUUUUUGUUUCUUGUUUAUCCUUUUUGAUUGAUUUGUGUUUGGAGUGAAGGUAAUUCUGUUCAAAGCUAAUGACCAUCCUUCUUUGUCUAUUGUUUAAUACUGUCGUCGUCGUCGUUGUUGUUGUUGAUCCUGGUGCAAGCUGUAGAGAGAGAAAGAGAGUGAAAAUUCGAGACGAGAUACGAAUCGGUGGGGGUUGUUUUUCUUUAUUAUUACUAUAUUUUACGAACGAGGGAAGGGAGAUGUUGAAAAAAGUUGAUCAU